AUGCUUGAAGGUAAAUUUGACGAGGCCUCGCUUUUGAAGAAGGUCAUUGACGCUAUGAAAGACUCCGUCAAGUUGUGUAACUUCAACUGUACUGAGAACGGUAUCUCCGUCCAGGCCAUUGACGACUCGAGAGUUUUGCUUAUUUCUUUGCUGAUUGAGGCUGGUUCCUUUGAAGACUAUAGAUGUGACAGAAACAUCGUUCUUGGUCUCGAGAUGGAGUCCCUGAACAAGAUUAUUAAGAACGGUAACGCGUCCGACAUGCUGACUUUGGUGGCCGAGGACUCUCCAGAUGCUCUUAAUUUGAUCUUUGAGGACAAAAGAAGGGACAGAAUUGCAGAAUAUUCGCUGAAGUUGAUGGACAUCGACCAGGACUUCUUGAAGAUUGAGGACAUGAAGUUCGAUGCUGUUGUCAACAUGCCAUCCGCAGAAUUCGCCAAGAUUUGUCGCGACAUGAAGACUUUGUCUGAGUCAUUGCAGAUCAUCAUCACCAAGGACUCUGUCAAGUUCAACUCUGAGGGAGACUUUGGUUCUGGUUCGGUAGUUAUCAAGUCCUUCACCGACCUGGAAAAGACCGAGGAGUCUGUCAGAAUCACUCUUGAGAAACCAAUCAACCUCACAUUCGGUGCCAAGUACUUGAACGACAUCAUUAAGUCCACCCCUCUGGCAUCCCAGGUCACUAUCAAAUUGUGUGAUAAGCAACCCGCUUUGUUCGAAUACCAACUUCCAAGUGGUUACCUGAGAUUCUAUCUGGCACCUAAGUUUGAGGAUGAAGAGUAA